AUGCCUGUUUGCUAGCUAACACUAAAGUUGUAUGUUUGGCAUAUAAAUGUAACAUAUAAAGUAUAAAAUAUCGUUAAAAGUUGUAGCUAAACGUGGUCUCCUUAUUGUAUCUUUCUAGCUAUUUAUAGAGCUUCUUCUUAUUGUUUAUUCAGUUCAAAAGUUUCGCUGAUGUGGCUGCUUCUUCGACCGUACUUGCUCACACCUAAAAUGUCAGCAGAUUCAAACGACAAAUACGCACACUUAAUUUUAUUUCCUCAAUAAUGAAGACUAAAAUACAUAUUACAAAUAAAGGUGAACAUGAUAUAAUAGGCCUACCAUAAAAUUCAUCGGGGCAUUUUAUCAAGAUGGGUCCCUGUCUAACAUCCAGCUGGCCUAUUGCUGAGGAGCAAUGAGAACCGGGGGGGUCUUGAAACUGGCACUACUUCUUUCCAUUGUGUCGUUUCUGGUAUUCUUCACCAUUCAGCUUCUGGAUAUAAACACAGAUUUUGACCUUGGAAAGAUUUUUGUGAGAUCGGAUUCUUCUGAGAAUGAAUCUUCUAAAGCUCCUAGGUACAAGUGUGGAGUGUCCAAACCUUGUCCAGAGGGACACUUUUCCUUUAAGAUGGCCAGUGGGGCUGCUAGUGUGGUUGGGCCCAAAAUUUGUUUUGAGGACAACAUAUUGAUGAGUGGAGUGAAGAACAACGUAGGAAGAGGGAUAAACAUUGCACUUCUGAAUGGAAGGUCUGGGGAGCUUAUCAAGACCGCCAUAUUUGAUGUGUGGGGUGGAGAUAUCAACAAACUAAUAACUUUUCUGAAGACCAUCACAGAUGGCACCGUGGUGAUGAUAGCCAGUUUUGAUGAUGCGGCCACAAAACUCAGUGAUGAUGCAAAGAAGCUUAUUUUUGAACUGGGUAGUUCCAGCAUUAACUCCUUGGGAUUCAGGGAUAACUGGAUAUUUGUUGGAGGAAAGGGGAUCAAAACUAAGAGUCCUUUUGAACAGCACAUAAAAAAUAAUGCAGAAACUAACAAAUACGAAGGCUGGCCAGAGGUUCUGGAAAUGGAAGGAUGUAUUCCUGCUAGACCAGAGUGACUACAUUUUCUCCAGGCACCUCUUAACAUAUUACUUCAUCAUACUCCUCCUAUGACUUAAAAAGCAAAGGCUGAUGUGGUUUGGACAAACCCAUAUUAGUGUCUCUGCUACAAAUAAAUAUGUUGUACAAACAAA